GGAGGGUGCAGUCCCCGCCCGCACACGCACAGGGAGCUGUUGACAGCCGCUGCGGCAGAGGAGCCGAGGAAAGAUGUGGGUUUUCGGCUACGGGUCGCUGAUCUGGAAAGUGGAUUUCCCCUAUCAGGACAAGAUGGUCGGAUACAUCGCAGGCUACAGCAGGCGCUUCUGGCAGGGCAGCACAGACCACCGCGGGGUCCCCGGCAAGCCUGGAAGAGUUGUGACUCUUGUUGAAGAUCCUGGGGGUUGUGUAUGGGGUGUUGCUUACAGACUGCCAGUAGGAAAGGAAGAAGAAGUUAAAGAAUACCUUGACUUCAGAGAGAAAGGAGGUUACAGGACCACGGCUGUCAUUUUUUAUCCAAAAGAUCCCACAACAGAACCAUUCAGUGUGUUGCUGUAUAUUGGAACAUGUGAUAAUCCUAACUAUCUUGGUCCUGCUCCUCUGGAAGACAUUGCUGAACAAAUUUUUAAUGCAGCAGGUCCAAGUGGAAGAAAUACAGAGUACCUCUUUGAACUUGCAAAUUCUAUUAGGAAUGUUGUGCCAGAAGAUGCAGAUGAGCAUCUUUUCUCUUUGGAAAAGUUAGUAAAGGAACGUUUAGAACAAAAACAGAACCUCAAUAGCUUGUAAAGACCUAAUCAUUGACUUUUCUGAACAAGCAGAGCUUUUACUCUUCAGAGAAUAGCUUCAUAGUACAAUGGCAAUAUGAUUUGGAAACAUGUUCCAAAUCAUUUAUUUUUUUUGUGGUUCCAAAUCACUUAUUUAUUUUUAAUGUGGUAGUCAAGACAGCAAAAUUUAUAGUUUAAUUGCAGGUGUCCUGAAACAUGUACAUAUAUUCAAAAUAUUGGGAUAUAGUUAAAGAAAAAAUUAAAUUUUAAUAAUGUAAUGAUUUCCUAACUAUGUGAUAUUGAACACUUGCUCAUGAGAAGUGAGUUCUUUAGAAAAAUACAAUGAAGGACUCAGUUCAGAGCUU